AUGCUCAAUCAAACUUCAAUCUUGUCAUACUUGCCCACGCUCCUUGCCGGGUCUGGGGCUCUCUUGGUUUUGUAUUACCUAAUUGAGCCUCUUCUACGUCCUCUACGUGAUAUUCCAGGUCCAUUUCUUGCUCGCUAUACUCGUCUAUGGGAGUUGUAUCAGAAUUGGCGCGGUCAAUUCGAACAUGUCACGGUCGCUCUACAUAAGCAAUAUGGUCCCAUCGUACGAUUGGCGCCGAAUCGAUACAGCAUCAGCGAUCCAGCAGCGAUUCGCACGAUUUACGGCACCGGCUCGAAAUUCAGCAAAUCUGAGUAUUAUGAUCCCUUUGGCGGGCCUAUAAUCAACCACAAAGACGUCUUCAGCGAAAAGAACAAUCAAAAGCACGCCUUAGAGCGGAGAAAGACCUCAAAUUUGUACGCCAUGAGCUCUCUCGUUUCGUACGAGCCAUACGUGGACAAGGUAAAUAGAGAGUUCAUGGUCGCAUUGGCCGAUAAUGCCCAACACAACCGCGAAUUUGAUCUUUUCACCUGGAUGCAGUUUUAUGCAUUUGAUGUAAUAGGCGAAAUCACUUUCGGACGGUCAUUUGGACUGAUUGAGGCCGGCUAUGACAAGGACAGACUGUUGCAUGCAGCCCACGUCGCAUCUAUAAACUAUGGCUCAAACGUGGGACUAGUUCCUGAGAUCCAUAGGCCAUAUUUCUGGCUUCAGAGCAUUCUCCCAAUUGAGAGCCACUGGCGAGUUAUUCAACGUGUCAUACUUCGGGAAAUUGGAGCCAGAGUAAAGGGUGUCAGUGAAAGCGACCGCGAGGAUUUCCUCCAAAAGUGUGUAGAACUGACCAAAUCUGGCAAGAUGGAUCAAUCCACUAUGAACAACGUCCUUGGUUCUAAUGUGGGCGCUGGCUCUGACACUACUGGUAUCAGUUUGACUGCAAUCAUCUACUUCCUCAUGAAGAAUCCCACUUGCCUGCAGAAACUCCGCGUUGAGCUUGACACGGCCACCCGCGAAGGAGCUCUAUCUGAUCCUGUCACCUUCCAUGAGGCACAAAAACUUCCUUAUUUACAAGCUAUCAUCAAAGAGUCCCUGAGAAUGCAUGCAGCCGUUGGCCAGAUUCUCAGUAGAGUCGUUCCGGAGGGUGGUACACAGCUAGCGGGUAGAUACUUCCCCCAAGGUACCGUCGUGGGUGUGAAUGCUUGGGUAAUCCAUGGUGAUGAGAGCAUCUGGGGCAAAGAUGUACACCAGUUUCGCCCCGAACGUUGGCUGAUCGAAAAAGAGAAGCUUGCAUACUUAGAUCAACAUUUUCUCGCUGUAGGACUUUCUUGUUCGGUGCCGGUGCAAGAACGUGCAUAG